AUGGACGGUGGCUACAACAACAACCCAUACGGCAGCCAAUCUGGCGGCGGCGGCGGCUUUAUGCCUGGAGAGACGAACAGCCCUUCUGGAGGAAAGUCUGCCGAUCGUGAUAACAAGACCCUGCGCCCGGUGACGAUCAAGCAAAUUCUAGAUGCCACGCAGCCAUACCCAGACGCCCCAUACCAGAUCGACCACGCAGACGUGGCCAACGUGCUCUUCGUCAGUCAGAUUCGCAACAUCAGCCACCAGAGCACAAAUCACACAUAUAAGAUGGAUGAUGGCACUGGAGAGAUUGAAGUCAGGAAGUGGGUCGAGGCCAACCAGGAUAGUAUGGAUAUGGAUGAGGGCAAGACCGAAUCCAAAGAUGAGUUGACAACUAGCGGCUAUGCUCGUGUCUUCGGCGCCAUCAAGUCUUUCGGAAACAAGCGAUACAUCGGUGCACACAGUGUGCGGCCAGUGAAGGACCUCAAUGAAAUUCUCUGUCAUCCCCUCGAGGCUACGGCCGUGCACUUAUUCUUCACCCGUGGGCCCCCUGGAGGUGUUUCUGCUGGUGGUGAUGCUGGUGCAUAUGGAGCAGCAGGUGAUGAUGCCAACGCCGGCUCGAAUGCUGUCCUGAACAAAUUGACCCCGGUUGCACAGAGAGUGUACCAGAUGCUCAAGACUGAGCCGCAGGACGACACAGGUCUACACCUGCAUCAACUUGCCUCAAAGCUUCACUUGCCUGUCACCGAUGUGGCUCGGGCUGGGCAGGAACUUCUGGACGCGGGUCUAAUCUUCUCGACAAUGGACGAACAAACAUGGGCUAUUCUCGAGUACUAG